CCUCGACUUGACUUGACGAGGAGCUGGAGAUAAAUGUUGAGGAAACACCGAGAUACUUGAUUCUUCUCUGAGCGCUGUCCGCGCCGUCGAAACCUGACCUACAUCACACAUAUCAUAUCAUAUCCAUAUUUAUUUUCAACUUUUAUCAGUAUCUCAUCAAACGCCCCGCCAUCUCUGGCAUCUCACCUUGAUUGAAGGGUCACUCAACAUCGUUACCAACCGACAAACUACACAUGCAUUUCUAUUAGGGAACAGCGCGAGAUGGAGACACACGCGUCCCAGAGCUCAGGCAGCGCGUCGUCGCAGCAAGUGGGCGAUCCCUAUGCCGCCUUCAAAAAGUUCGACUCGUACCCUUGGUCGAAAGAUAGGUCGUUCCUUCAAGGCCUCAUGGCAACGCUGGGCUCUUUGCUCCUGAACAAACACAAUGACGGCUUUAUGCGCCAGAAGGCUCUCGGCACGACGCUUCAGGCUCGGAUCUGGUGGUACAAGUCCCGCUUCAACCUGGACAUCGACCGCAUUGCGUAUGAGGCCUACAGCACAUCUCACCCGUCAACCAGCCCAGAUGGCGCCAUUCUAGCCAAGCUCGAGGAUAUUCAGCGACGCAUGGGUCUCGGCUCCUCCGCCUCCUCGUCAACUACCGGCCAGACCCAACCUCAGAACAUCCCUGCCUGGCAGCUCAACGCGCCAAAAGUCGAUCUCAGCAAGAAGGCCGAUGACAGAGCGAGCCACACCGGGGAUGGCGCGCCGUACCCCAGCGACUUUGAGGCUCUGGUAGAGGCCAUCACGAUGGGGAAGCCGGUGCCCAAUACAAAGAAAAUCCCGGACACCAUCAUCCGGCCACCCGGCGUCACCCCUUUCGGAAAGAUGAAAGCGCCCCGGAAGCCGUGGGAGAAGGACACCCCUUCCGACAAUGCUGCACACGCUAGCAUUCUUGGAAACGUGCUUGAUGAGGAGUUUCCGCCCUUACCGGACGACAGCAACAGCGGCAGUAGCGCACAGACUAAUUCAUCAGCAGCCUAACCAAGUUCCAGAUGCCAGUGAAGUCCGUCGCCGAUGUUGACUUCACACUCAACCGCAUUAGGGACCACCCGACGUGCCUCAGCGUUAAUGGCCGCCUGGCGAUGAUUGACUGAGUGUGCCAACUGGGCACACUGCCGAGUUUUGUUUGAGUCGAGCUAAGCGGAGAAGAAGUUAUGCUCACAGACAAAGGAAGGAAGGGAGGGAGGGGGGACAAGCCCAGUAAUUAUCGCUUUGAAGGAGAAGGAGAGCUACUGCGGUCAUGCUUGACGGAGCGCCUGUUGCAUCAUGGCACAAGAGGCGCCUUCCACUGCGGAUUAGCAAGCAUCAUCAUCGUUAGUAGCACGACGUAUGCAGAACGGCCGUAAUCAACCAAAGACGUUGUCAUGACACACUAGAUAACAGAUUAUUACUUUAAUGAUAGAACAUGGAGU